AUGAUCAAGGUCCACGAAGAGGUCCAAUAUCUCGAACUUAUCCGCUCAGUUAUAGACACUGGAGAGACGCGAUCAGAUCGAACUGGCACGGGCACCAUCUCUCUUUUCGCACCACCCCCGUUGCGUUUCUCUCUCUCAGAUUCUACACUACCUCUGCUCACCACAAAACGCACAUUUCUCCGUGGAAUAAUUGAAGAGCUUCUCUGGUUUGUGAAAGGCUCUACAGACUCCACUAUUCUCUCAAAGAAGGCCGUGAAAAUUUGGGACGGGAAUGGGUCAAAGGAAUUUUUGGAGAAGCGAGGGCUCGGUCACAGACGGGAAGGAGAUCUGGGUCCUGUGUACGGGUUUCAGUGGAGGCAUUUCGGUGCGAAGUAUGUGGAUUGCGAAAAGGACUAUACCGGAGAGGGCGUAGAUCAACUCCGAGAGGUCAUUCGGAAGAUCAAGGAGGAACCCACUGACCGCCGGAUCAUCUUGAGCGCUUGGAACCCUUCAGACAUACCCCAGAUGGCCCUCCCACCAUGCCAUAUGAUGUGUCAGUUCUAUGUCCAUCUUCCAUCCUCAUCAGACCCCACGGCACGCCCUCGGCUCUCUUGUUUGAUGUACCAGCGCUCGGCCGACCUCGGCCUAGGGAUUCCAUUCAAUAUCGCAUCCUACGCAUUGCUUACCUGCAUGAUCGCGCAUGUCACAAACACGGAACCAUAUCAGCUGACUAUCCAGCUCGGCGAUGCACACGUAUAUCUCGAUCAUGUCGAGGCAUUGAAGGUGCAACUGGAGAGAGAGCCCAAGGCGUUCCCGAAGCUGCGAUGGAAACGCAUGAUCAGCGAUAUCGAAGGUUUCGUGUACGACGAUUUUGUGAUAGACGGAUAUGAUCCUCAUCCGACAAUUGCGAUGAAGAUGAGUGUUUAG